AUGGCAGCGCCCUACUCAAACUUCGCCGGCUUGGAUUUGUCCGACGACAUGGAAAGUUAUAGUGGGAGUAGAAGAAGUAAAGAACUUUUGAAAAACACUACCAAAAGUAAACCUUGUAGGGCGUGUAUGGAUUUUAAGUCAUUUGCCAAGCUUCGAGGGAUUGAUGUGACGUUACCGUCAGAAAGACUGGAAGGAAAGAACAGACAGUGUCCAUUGGAUAGAGAUCAACUCGGACGAAGUACAUGGUCUUUUCUACAUACAACAGCCGCAUAUUAUCCAGAACAACCCUCACAACAAGACCAACGUGAUAUGAAACAAUUCAUUUAUUUAUUCUCAAAAUUUUUUCCCUGUGAACCUUGUGCUGUUGAACUAAGAGACAGACUUAAAACUGAUGUUCCUGACACCAGCAGUCGUCACAACUUUUCACAAUGGAUGUGCAGACUUCAUAACAGUGUUAGUAAAAGGAUAGGAAAACCAGAGUUUGACUGUUCCAAAGUUGAUGAAAGGUGGUUAGAUGGCUGGAAAGACGGAUCAUGUGACUAAAUACACACUCUAAAUCAUGCAAUAAAAACUUGAUUGAUUUUUUUUCACAACUAAUUUUAUUUCAAAAAAUACAAAAUAUAUUUUAAAAAUGCAAUCUACAUCUGGAAUGUAGAUAUUAAUCUGGUAACAUUGUAAUGUUAAAAAGAUGACGCAUUGUGGGUCUUCCAUGUGGACAAUUCUGAAAAUAACAAAGUACCAUUAUGCAUCAUUUCCCAUAGCAACACUGGGAGUUUUGUUUUGAUAAGUACAAAGGCGGCUGUGAAAACCUGGCGAAAUUUACACUUGAUACAGGUUGUGUACUACAAUUAAACCCCCUAUAAACUACAGGGUACAAUUAAAAACAGAACUAUAUAUAGUACAGUACAGUCAUAACUUAACUUUCAAGCUGACUAUGAGCUGGCAUUUCUUUUCACAAAAACCAUACAAGUAUCAUUGCCAUCAAAAUGUUAUACUUUUUUGUAUUAUCUACCCAUGUUAUUAAUAUGAGGCUUACUUACACACAAUUUAGAUAUGUCAAAUCUUGAAAGUAAUCUAAGCUAGCUAAAUUUUAAGUUAUGUUUAAACACAUACAUGUAGG